AGUGGGUAGGUGUAGAGAAGGUAGGAAGAGCUAAGAUGCCCUCAGUUCCCAAGUUUCCGGGGCUGGCCUCUCUGAUUUUGCUCCAUGUCCCAGCAGGCAGACAGGCUGCCAGUGUGACCUCACUCUCUCCAGUCCGCCCUCCUCAGUGCCAGCUAUGAGUUCCUGCAACUUCACACACUCCACCUUUGUGCUUAUUGGUAUCCCAGGACUAGAAGAAGCUCAUUUCUGGAUCGGCUUUCCACUGCUUGUAAUGUAUGCCGUGGCAAUGUUUGGAAACUGCAUCGUAGUCCUCAUUAUAAGGACAGAACGCAGUUUGCACUCACCCAUGUAUCUCUUUCUCUGCAUGCUGGCAGCCAUUGACCUGGCCUUGUCCACAUCCACCAUGCCCAAGAUCCUCGCCCUCUUCUGGUUCAACUCUCGGGAAAUUACCUUUGAUGCCUGCCUUGCCCAGAUGUUCUUUAUUCAUGCUCUCUCAGCCAUCGAGUCCACCAUCCUGCUAGCCAUGGCCUUUGACCGUUAUGUGGCUAUCUGCCACCCAUUGCGCCACGCUGCUGUGCUCAACAAUACAGUAACAGCUCAGAUUGGCAUGGUGGCCGUAAUCCGAGGAGUCCUCUUCUUUAUCCCACUGCCUCUGCUCAUCAAGCACCUGGCCUUCUGCCACUCCAAUGUGCUCUCACAUUCCUAUUGUGUGCACCAGGAUGUGAUGAAGUUGGCCUAUGCAGACCCUUUGCCCAAUGUGGUCUAUGGUCUUACUGCCAUCCUUCUGGUCAUGGGCGUGGAUGUCACGUUCAUCUCCUUGUCCUAUUUUCUGAUUAUACGAACAGUUCUACAGCUGCCUUCCAAGUCAGAGCGGGCCAAGGCCUUUGGGACUUGUGUGUCUCACAUCAGUGUGGUACUGGCCUUCUAUGUGCCACUCAUUGGCCUCUCUGUUGUGCACCGCUUUGGAAACAGCCUGGAUCCCAUUGUGCGUGUUCUCAUGGGUGAUGUCUACUUGCUGCUGCCUCCUGUGAUCAAUCCUAUCGUCUAUGGUGCCAAGACCAAAGAGAUCAGAACACGGGUGCUUGCCAUGUUGAAGAUCAGCUAUGACAAGAAUCUUCGGCCUGUGGGAGGCAGGUGACCCUUUCCACUUUACUUCCCUUAUUUUUAAUGAAUUGGUAUUAUUAUUUCCUAACACUAACUUGGAGCCCUGUGGCAUAGUGGCUAAGACCUCCACUGUUAACCAAAAGGUCAGCUGUUCAAAUCUACCAGCCACUCCUUGGAAACCAAUAGAACAGUUCUACACUGUCCUAUAGGGUUGCUAUGAGUUGAAACCCACUCAAUAGCGCCUAACAACAACAAUAAAAACAGUAACUUAAUUCCAGUUGCCCAUAAGCACAUAAGUGCUUUUCUCUGGUUUGGUCUCCAAAUUCUGCCUCCUUUUGGGGAACC